CAAAGACUUGAUUCAUUCAGUUUGCCGCAUUCAUCAUCAGCUCCCAAAAUCGACAACUAUUUUUCUACAAAUAAUUCAACGACUCCGACAACAUCAUCGGCAACGACUACAGCUAACGCCAUAGACAAUGCAGCAACAAAAAACACAGCGGAUACCUCCUCAGCCGUUGCUGCGUCAGCUGCUGGCACGAACGCAAGCAAAUUUGAGGGCAUUUCGGCACCAACCGCGGCUGGUAAAGAAGCUGCUAGCAGUAAUAGCCAAAACAAUAGCAAUCAUACUAGCGGCAAUGCCAGCGGCAGCAGCAAUGCCAACAACAGUAAUUCACACAACAGCGGCGGCUGCGGCAGACAUGGGAAAUCGAAUAGUAUGGCAGCAACAAAAUCCAUAAGCAGCACGCCGCCGAGUAGCGCAGAAGCAACAAACAGCAACAAUUUCAAUUACUAUGCGAGCGCAAGUGAUUCGGCGGCAGCAGCAGCAUCUGGUGGCGCAGGAACACAACGGCAUACACAACCCUAUGCACCGCCGCCGCCACCACCACCACCACCGCCGCCACCGCCGCCGCUGUCGUCGUCGUCGUCGACAGAGCAAUACCACCACCGGCAUCAGCCGCAGACACAAGCACAUCAUCCGCACUAUGCUGGGGCGAAUACAGUGACGCCGUUGUCGGAUGCUUUCCACCACCAGCAGAUGCAGUUGCAAUUACAGCAACAGUAUGAGCAACACUAUCAGCUCCAAACGGCCUACUAUCACCACCACCAUCAGCAGCAUCCGCAUUCGCAUCAGCAUCAACAACAACAACAACAACUAGAUGAACCACAACUACAAGGGGCAUCACAGCCAACUGCACAGUACCAACAUCAACACUGUCAUGCAGCAGCAGCACCAGCACCAGCAGCAGCGACAACCACAACAACAACGCAGCAUGCAGUGCGAGGCAGACAAACACAAACGUCGCACGUGGCGUCUAAAGCACACACAACGAACACAUCACAAACGAAGGCGCAGCAACCGCAGCAGCGACUGGCGCAUGCGUUGCCACAUCAGCACUCGUACACGCAGCAACAGACCGGCGUUUCAGCUGCCACGACACAACAGCAGCCACAGCAACAGCAUCUCUUUCCAACAGCUAUGCUGGCGAUAGCCACCGCGGCACCAACCGGCACCUACGGCAGUGGCAAUAGCAGCAGCGGCACAGCGAUACCCAGUGUCAGCACCGUUAAUGCAACACAAAAUGUUAACGUAAUUUCAGCAGCGCCGAUUGUGGUGGAAUUCAGCAAUUUCCCGCUGAAUUGUAUGCGUUCGAAUGGUAGCGGAGUUGGCGCAGCGGCAGCAGCAACGCCGCAAGCGAACGGUGAUGCGGGGCGUGGUGCGGCAACAGGCGGUGCAAGCGGCCAGUCUGGCAUGCAUCAUCAUCACCAUCGCCAUCAUCAUCACUAUCACAAUACAGCAGCAAUGAAUACGCAUUCAUAUCAACGUCCGCUGCAGCAGCAGCCGCAGCCACAACUGCAGUCCGAAAUGGUGCCCGUGGAGGAGCAGCCGCAAUCGCAGCAGCUGCCACACCAUCAACACGCGCACGCGCACCAGCACCAGCACCAACACGCGCCCCAUUUUAGUUAUCAUCAUCAUCAUCAACACUUGCGUCAUCAUCAUCAUCCAUCAGCGGCACAGCCGCCGCCACCGCCACCUUUGUAGAGCACAAAGCAGGAAGCAAGGCGGCAAAGACAGUAAGAGCGCGUGCCGCCGUUAAUUAGUUGUAGUGCAACAACAACGGUAUGUUGGUGAGAGAAAAGCAGUAAUAACAACAAACAAAUAAGCAAUUUUUUGAACUUACCACCGUUUCUCAUAAUAAUAACUUGCUUCGUUUUGGUUAGAAUUUUUCAUUUAAAUUAAUUAACUAUUCAAUUAUCGUACGUUUGCUUAUUUAUUGAAAUAUUUACACGUUUAAAAGAUUUCUGUUUAGUUAUGUUUUAAAUCGUAGGGUUAUUAUUUUGUGUGUGUGCACAUAUUUACGUGCGUAUAUACACACAUACACAUAAACAUAUAUACCUUCAGUUAGUAGACUGGACUGAUUUUUUAAUUAAUGUAAAGCAACAUUUACCACUUUCUUCAGGAUAAUUUUUAUUUAAUAUAUUUACUAUGUAUAUAUAAAAAAAUAAUGAAGUAAUAUUUUAUGCAACCGUUGUAAUUUUCAACUUAAAUCUGAUUAAUAUGUAAUUAUAUUUGCAUACACACCCUCACGGGCGAAAUGGCGUCGUCAAAAGUGGAGCGAAAAACGCAUGUAAGAAAAAUGUAAGAAAACGCAUGACACAAAGAAAGUGAGUGAGUGGGGGAAAAUUAGGGCAAAACAGUAGCUUUAGAAACGCAAAAAAAAUUAAAUUAAAAUUCAACUCUGUUUUGCAGUUGCAAUGUGUUCAAACGAAUAUUUUGUUUUUUAAUUAAAAUUUCAUUUCAAUAAAAAGUAAACAAUUCAACAGCUCUUUUACGUGUUUUACGAUCAUAAUUACAUAGUAGAAAAAUUUUCAUCGCAAUAAAUUUAAAAUACAAUAUUUUUUUAGCAUUAAGUACGGAGUUGUGCGUAUUUUUUGAAUUUGUUUAUGUUUUGUGUUGUCACAUUGCGAUCAUACAUACAUACAUACAUACAUAUAUACAUAGACACAAUUACAAUAAAAAACGGCACAUAUUUGCAUAUACAUAAAUAUUUUUUACUCAUUUUUUUAGUUUUACUUUAUUUUUUUCAUCAUCAUUACAUUAUUGCAUACAUACAAACAUACAUGUGAAAUGAUAUACAGAUAUGAUGGCGUUGCAUAUAUGUACAUAUAUUUUUAUAUUGCAUUUUAUGUUACAAAC